AUGGCGAUUGAGAACCGGAUGUAUGGAGAUGUCGUACAAGGGAAUUACCUGGACUCCUAUCGGAACCUUACAUUGAAGGUUGUUUCUGGCUUGUGUUGGAUAACUCAGUUCUGUUUCAACGUGAGGGUUGUUGCUAAAAUUGAUGAUGAUACAUUCGUGGACACAGUUAAAGUGUUAAAAGUCCUCAUACCGUUUCUUCAAGAGCAUCGAGAUGUACUGCUGUGUUCUCAGUCAGGAAGUGCAUUGAUACUAAGAGAGGGGAAUGGAGUGUGCCUAAAUAUUGGUUUUGGUGUUUUUAUGAGAGGUGACAUGAUUGGACGGUUGUACAAGGCAGCAACAUUCUCACCAUUCCUGUGGGUGGAUGAUGUCUACUUUUCAGGAGUUCUGCCAUCGCGCCUCCAUUUGAAAUGGCACCGCUACUCGUCUCAGGACUUCGUUAACGUACCGUUGUGCAUUGAGGUUGCCAUGGAUAACAACGAGCGGUGUCUUCUGGUCGUCACAGAUUCCGCCCCACACCAUGAGACCGCGACCUCAAUGGGGAUGGACAACUAA